GUUCUGAUGGGGGCCAUGUGCCUGGGCCUCAGCCGGGCUGACAUCAGCUUGACCAAGGUUGGUUACAACUACCGCAUCCAGCAGCAGCAGCCUCCCAUUGUGGCGCACCUGUUGAACCAGCAGCUGCAGCAGCAGUCCACGCAUCCGGUGCUGCCUCCUCUCCCGCUGCCCUACCUUCCGCCCGCUGGCCAGGUGCAUUCUGCACAAGCUGACGUUCGUCCCACCAUCGGAUCAUUCCCCAUGCCCACCGGUUUCCCCGUCAACUUCCAGACCGCUCCCAUCCAGCAGCUGCGCCGCGCCCGUCCGCGUGUGAGGAUUCCCAAGCGUCCCAUUGUGACCAAAAACUUUUUCAUCCACUCGGCGCCCGAGGAGUCCGAGGACGAGGUCCAGGACGAGCUGAACCAGUUGGCCCAGCAGCCUCGCAACCACUACAAUGUGCUGUUCGUCAAGACGCCUGCCCAGACCAACCGCGCGGCGGCUCUCAACUUGGCCAAAACGCUGAAGCAAGAGAAGACCGUGGUCUAUGUGCUGGCCAAGAAGACGAGCGCCGCCGACCUGCAGGAUGCCAUUGCCGAGGCGCCACAGCAGAUCAACAAGCCGGAGGUGUUCUUCAUCAAGUACCGCACUCCCGAGGAGGCCCUCAAUGCCCAGCGGCAGAUUCAGUCGCAGUACGAUACUUUGGGAGGCAGUUCCACCAUCACCGACGAGGGAGUGGCCCCCAUCACCUCGGUGGUCGGCUCCUUGGAUCCCCCCGAGGAGGAGGAGGAGGAGCAGCAGCAGGCGCAACAGCAGCAGCUACACUCAGAGGGCCACUUUGUGGAGAACGGUGCCGGCAAUUCUGGCGUCGGUCCCAUCGGCAAUCAUUAUCUGCCCGCGAACCAGUUCUAAGUAUUCCUCAUUGCUCGCCGCAUCCAGAUCUAGUUAGCUGUCAUCAAUACCUCUUAGUUCUAAGUGCUUGCCAAUGUUACCCAAAUCCGUAUUAAAAUUGAUUUUUUUAAAAAA